CAGGGCCCGGCGGCGGCAGCGAGACCUGGCAAGCGCGGGCGGCCCCUAGCGCCCUCACCUCCUGAGCCACAUGAAGAGGCGGCGGCACAGGCCCCGGGAGGCCCUGGCCCCGGCCACCUGUGGAGGAGCCUCUAGCGCUGCAGUAAGGGCCGCGCUGGAGGCGCCUGAGGAGAAGGUGGUGUACAUGCUGGGGCACCAGCCCUCCGAGGCCCGCGUCCGGACGCGCCGGCCAGCUGCCAGGAGGAGGCGCCACGAAGCCCGGACGGUCGCGGUCGGCCAGAGGAAGGUGCCGCCCCCGCCGCCGCUGUCCCGCGAGGACAGCAGCCUCCGCAAGCCCGCGGCCCCCGGGCCCUGCUCCGGGGGCCGCACCCUGGAGGAGAGUGGGAGGGCGGCCACCCCGACGCUGACCACCUUGCCCACCAUCCGAGUAGUCGGCGACGUGUGGGUCGAGAGCAGCCUGGCAGAAGCGCAGCGCCAAGCGUGCCAAGUCCUGGGAGUGAACCUGGCACCCGUGGUGAGACUCUGCCACUUCCCAUUGCCUGGGCGUGAGAUGCGGGCUACCGCUGCGCGACCUCUCAGCCCCAGGACGGGUUGUGCCUGGAGGGAUGAACCAGUGAGAGCCGGGCCCGCGUUCCCUAGUGCACUCUACGGGCGAAGAAGCACCAGACGGUCCUGGCCUGCGCCUCCGGGAUGCAGCGCCGCCUUCUGGGACUCUGGGGAGGCUGUGCCCUCUGCUGCCUCCCAGCCCCGGGUCUGUGGAGGGAGGAGACCCCUGGACCGCAAGGGAGGUCCCCCUUUCUUCCUAACCCCAUAUUGA